CGCUUCCAUUGCACUUGACACCGACUCCGCGUUGCGGACUUGCUGAGACCGCUCUCGGUGACCACGGCUGGCGAGCGUCGGUCUGGUGAGAGAAGCGGACCUGGACUCCGCCCUCAGCCUCCCUCCGCUGCCACGUUUGGACGUGUCUGGGAGGAGGAGACGCGAGCCUGUGACUGGUCCGGCCACUGCUGGGACCCGCCCUCGGUUCUUCCCGCUUCCCCGGUCCACGGAGGAGAGGCUUCGCCGUUACCAAGUGACGACUCGACGGUAGCGAGGGAAAGCGCCUGACACGCCGAGUGUUCCGGUCCGGUCCGACCCCAUGGCGAACAGGAAGAAUCCGAAAUCCGCCCGCAAGAAAGAGGGAAAAUCCCCCGCAGCUGAGAGCGGGAGUGGGCGGUGCUCUGAGGAGACGACGGGCGGCACCAAAUUCUACACCUGGCUGAUGCUUCUGGCUCUGCUGGGAGUCUGGAGCUCGCUGGCCGUGGUCUACUUCGACAUCGUCGACUACGAGAGCGUCCUCGACAGAGCGCAGGAGUUUCACAGCAACUUUUCUCAAGCUUUACAAGGAAAACUGUCCAGUUACGACUCCGACGGCGAUGGAGACUUUGACAUGGACGACGCCAAGAUUCUGCUCGACGACAGGAAGUGGGUGUCGCAGGGGCGGAGCAAAGGUAGAGUACUGAUUGGUCCGGAGACGAGUGAAGCGAGUCUGACUCAGUCUGAACCUGUAGACCCCAGGGAAGACCUGGAGAAGAACCAGAGACAAGACCAGGCGGUUCGCGGCGCAUUCCUCCGCGCCUCCCUCCGCGAGGAGCUGAGGAGGAUCCACCGGAGCAUGGAGGCCAAGAGGAUCGCCCGGGCGGCCUUGGACCAGAUCCGAGUGUUCUUGAGUCAGGAGGAGCAGCAAAGGGAGGCCGUGUGGACUGGCAGGAUGAAAUCUCUGGAGGAGGCACAGGAGAGACUGGAGGAAGAGAAGAGAGCGGUGGACAGGGAGAAGAAGAGAAUGGAUGAAGACCUGGCAGCGCGGGAGAGACGUGAUGAUGAGGGGGUCACACAGGAAAGUCUGGCUCAGGAACCUAAGGAAUGGGGAGAGGAGGAUAGGCGGCCUGUUGAAGAGCAGAAGGGAAGGGAGGAGCAAGAGAAGCUGCAGAGUGAGAGGAUUGCAGAGGAGAAAGAGACGAUGGCAAGAGAACAACAAGAGAAAGAGAGGAUGGAGAGAGAGCGACAAGAGAAAGAGAGGAUGGCGAGAGAACAACAAGAGAAAGAGAGGAUGGAGAGAGAGCGACAAGAGAAAGAGAGGAUGGCGAGAGAACAACAAGAGAAAGAGAGGAUGGAGAGAGAGCGACAAGAGAAAGAGAGGAUGGUGAGAGAACGACAAGAAAUGGAGAGGAUGGUGAGAGAACGACAAGAAAUGGAGAGAGAACGUCAGGAGAAAGAGAGGAUGGAGAGAGAGCGACAAGAGAAAGAGAGGAUGGAGAGAGAGCGACAAGAGAAAGAGAGGAUGGAGAGAGAGCGACAAGAGAAAGAGAGGAUGGUGAGAGAACGACAGGAGAAAGAGAGGAUGGAGAGAGAGCGACAGGAAAAGGAGAGGAUGGAGAGAGAGCGACAAGAGAAAGAGAGGAUGGAGAGAGAGCGACAGGAGAAAGAGAGGAUGGAGAGAGAACGACAAGAAAUGGAGAGGAUGGUGAGAGAACGACAAGAAAUGGAGAGAGAACGUCAGGAGAAAGAGAGGAUGGAGAGAGAGCGACAGGAAAAGGAGAGGAUGGAGAGAGAGCGACAAGAGAAAGAGAGGAUGGAGAGAGAGCGACAGGAGAAAGAGAGGAUGGAGAGAGAGCGACAGGAAAAGGAGAGGAUGGAGAGAGAGCGACAAGAGAAAGAGAGGAUGGAGAGAGAGCGACAGGAGAAAGAGAGGAUGGAGAGAGAACGACAGGAGGAGAGGAUGGUGAGAGAACGACAAGAAAUGGAGAGAGAACGACAGGAGAAAGAGAGGAUGGAGAGAGAGCGACAGGAAAAGGAGAGGAUGGAGAGAGAGCGACAAGAGAAAGAGAGGAUGGAGAGAGAGCGACAGGAAAAGGAGAGGAUGGAGAGAGAACGACAGGAGGAGAGGAUGGCAAGAGAACGACAGGAAAAGGAGAGGAUGGAGAGAGAACGACAGGAGAAGAAGAGGAUGGAGAGAGAGCGACAAGAGAAAGAGAGGAUGGAGAGAGAACGACAAGAGAAAGAGAGGAUGGAGAGAGAACGACAGGAAAAGGAGAGGAUGGAGAGAGAACGACAGGAGGAGAGGAUGGCGAGAGAACGACAAGAAAUGGAGAGAGAACAACAGGAGGAGAGGAUGGAGAGAGAACGACAGGAAAAGGAGAGGACGGAGAGACGACAGGAGAAAGAGAGGAUGGCGAGAGAACGACAAGAAAUGGAGAGAGAACGACAGGAGAAAGAGAGGAUGGAGAGACAACGACAGGAGAAAGAGAGGAUGGGGAGAGAGCGACAGGAGAGAGAGAGGCUGAGGAAAGAUCAGUUUGUUCAAGUGAAAGCAGCGGAGGAGUGUCAGAAGGACGGAGCAGAGAAAAGAGGGAUGAGCGAGGGCAGUGGGUCAGACAGGCGAGCAGGCCAGACUCCUGGAGCGGCCUCACAGAGACAGGAUGGGAGCAGCCCGGGACAGACCCGGGCGGUGAGGCUGACCCGAGACAGAGGCUCGUCUGGGAGCUCCAUUCCUGGCGGUGGGAACGUGUCUCGCCGCAAAGCCCCCGGCCGGACCCACGGGACCGGGACCGCCACUGCAGACAAGAUGGCUGCCAGCCGGAAGCGGUAGGAAGCAGCCUGCAGCCACUCUGCUGGCCUUCCCAGCCGGACCCCGGUACAAUCCUGGUCCUUCACGUCCCAGCGGAACCACAGAUGACCUCGGACUCCGGAGCCCCCUCACUGACGUUUUCCUUCUGUGAAUAAAAUUCUGUAAACUCCU